AUGUCUGACGACGAGGAUUUCAUGCAAGAGUCCGAUGAGGAACAAUACGACUUCGAGUACGAGGAAGACGACGACGAGCAGGAGGCUGGAGAUGUCGACAUCGAGAACAAAUACUAUAAUGCGAAGCAGCUGAAGCUCAGCGACCCCCAAGAUGCCAUUGCGGAGUUUCUCGGAAUACCGCCUCUCGAGCCUGACAAGGGAGAAUGGGGAUUCAAGGGCUUGAAGCAGGCCAUCAAGCUGGAAUUCAAGCUGGGGCAGUACGAUGAGGCAGCCGAUCACUUUGCCGAGCUGCUCACAUACGUCAAAUCGGCCGUCACGAGAAAUUACUCGGAAAAGUCCAUCAACAACAUGCUCGAUUACAUCGAAAAAGGCGCCGACGAGUCAGCGGCGGUGAAAAGCAUAGAAAAGUUCUACUCCCUAACUCUCCAGAGCUUCCAGAGCACGAACAACGAGCGGUUGUGGCUGAAGACGAACAUCAAGCUAGCCAAACUCUUGUUAGAUCGCAAAGAGUACUCGGCAGUAUCCAAGAAGCUGAGGGAGCUGCACAAGGCCUGUCAGCGCCCCGAUGGCAGCGAUGACCCGGGCAAGGGAACUUAUUCGCUCGAGAUUUACGCCCUGGAGAUUCAGAUGUUGGCCGAGACUAGAAACAACAAACAGCUCAAGACACUGUAUAAUCGUGCGCUCAAGGUCAAGUCUGCCGUUCCACACCCCCGCAUCAUGGGCAUCAUCCGUGAGUGCGGCGGCAAAAUGCACAUGAGUGAGGAGAACUGGAAGGAGGCGCAAAGUGACUUUUUUGAAUCAUUCCGCAACUACGACGAGGCAGGAUCACUACAGCGGAUCCAAGUUCUCAAGUAUCUGCUUCUCACCACCAUGCUGAUGAAGUCAAACAUCAACCCGUUUGAUUCCCAAGAGACGAAGCCCUACAAGUCUGAUCCUCGCAUCUCCGCUAUGACGGAGCUUGUCGAUGCAUACCAGCGGGACGACGUUCACGCGUACGAGAAGGCACUGCGAAACAACCAGGACAUUCUAGCAGAUCCCUUUAUCGCAGAGAAUAUCGAUGAAGUUACUCGUAACAUACGGACCAAGGGAGUCCUAAAACUCAUUGCGCCUUACACACGCAUGAAGCUUUCAUGGAUCGCAAAGCAGCUGAGAAUAUCAGAGCCAGAGGUGCAAGAUAUCCUUAGCUUUCUCAUUAUUGAUGGCAAGAUCAAGGGAUCGGUCAACCAGCAGGCAGGCGUCCUAGAGAUAACAUCUGAUGCCGACAUCAGCAGAAUCCAGGCGCUCGAUAGUCUGACCACGUCCAUUAAUGAGCUAUUUGGGGCGGUAUUUCGAGAGGGUGAGGGCUUUCGGAACGAGCAUUCCUCUUUCGAAGACGCGACUCCUGGUCUCGAUGUUCAAGCCCUAGCCAACCUUGCGAAAGUUGGGGGUCGUCAAGCACAGCGCCAACUACAUAGGUCUGGCAAAGGCAAGUCUGCGUUAACGCCACUAUGA